GGAGCUGCCGGAGUCCGGGCUGUGGUGUGGUUCUGGCGGGCACGGGAAGUCUCCUUAGCCUGCUCCAGUGGCUGUGGCAUGUGGAUGGCUCCGGCUCCGCUGGUGACGGAGCUCUGCACUGAAGAUGGAUGAUUUAGCUCUCCUCGACCUGUUGGAGUGUCCUGUGUGCUUCGAGAAGCUCGAUGCCACCGCCAAGGUGCUACCUUGCCAGCACACUUUCUGCAAGCCCUGUCUGCAGAGGAUCCUGAAGUCCCAGAAGGAGCUCAGGUGCCCCGAGUGCAGGACCCUCGUCCUCUGCAGCAUCGAGCAGCUGCCCUCCAACCUGCUCCUCAUUCGCCUCCUGGAUGGAGUCAGGUGUGGACAAAACGUCACCAGAUUUGGUUCAAUCCAGAGGUCGGGAGUCCUGUCCUCCCCUGCCUCCAUCAGGAGGGUCCCCAGGGGCUUGCAACUUCAUCAGCACCGGCUAGCAACAAACCCCAGGAUCCACAUGGAAGGGGUCCCACGAGCCAAGGCCCUGUACACCUACCGAGGACACAACCCUGGGGAGCUGAGGUUCAACAAGGGGGACAUCAUCAUGCUGCUCCGGCAGCUGGACGAGAACUGGUACCUGGGGGAGGUCAACGGGGUCAGCGGCGUCUUCCCAGCCAGCUCCGUGCAAGUCAUCAAGCACCUGCCCCUGCCACCACCCCUCGGCAGAGCGCUCUACAGCCUCGACCUGAGAAGCAGGGACAAGCUGGAGAACAAGGACUCCCUGACCUUCCACAAGCCAAACACCACUGCAAGGCAGCUCCUGCAGAGCAGCAAAGGCCACUGGUCCCCCCAGUUCAAGUCGGGGUCCCUGCGCACGGCGUCCCCCAAAGGCAAGGGCGCGGACUCGCCGGCCUUCGCCAAGGUGCCUGACUCACGGCGCAAGAGCCUGCGGCAGUUCUCCAUCACCACCGCCCUCAACACCCUCAACCGCAUGGUCCACGCGCCCAGCGAGCGGCAGGCCCUGGAGAUCAGCUCCCCCGUGCUCAUCAGCUCCAGCAACCCCACCGUGGCCACCCAGAGCAGCGAGAAGGCUGAGCUCCCUUACAGCACCCCGCUGCAGGUCAGUGCAUCUUACUACUCCACGCCAGGAUCACUGGGGCACUCAGCAGCCAUCGUCACCCUUCCCCACCUCCAGCACCACAUGUCAUCUUAUAUGUGCGUGGCUCUGCACUCCUACACGGCGCACGGCCCCGAGGAGCUGGAGCUGCAGAAGGGGGAAGGGGUCCGUGUCUUCGGGAAGGAGCAGGAGGGCUGGCUGCGGGGCAUGUCCCUCGUCACCGGCAGAGUCGGCAUCUUCCCCAGCAACUACGUCGCUCCCCUCUUCAGGAAAUCCAGUCUCUCUGACUCGAAGGUACCUUCCCUGUAUGCCUCCUGGACGCUGUCCACCUCCUCGCUCUCCUCCCAGGGGAGCAUCUCAGAAAACGGCCCGAGGCAGAGCAGGCCCCUGAAGGCAGCACUGCUGCCUGUGCCCAUCCCUCUGCCUGGCAGGAGCACGGGCACAGGACAGGCAUCGCUGCGUCGCAGCCGUGGCAGCACCCGGAAGAAUGGGUCCCUACAGAGGCCAGGGCAGGCAACGACCCCGGUGCUGGUGGCCGGCUCCCUGCGGCGUCCUGCCAUGGCUGCGCUGCGGCCUCAGCAGCUGCAGCUCUUCCACACCAUCCCUCCUGGAGCCGGCACGGCUGAGGCAGCAGCGAGGUCAACCUUCUCCCAGGAGGCUUCCCCAGCCGUGGGAGGCAGAGGAGGGGAGAGCAGAAGCCCCUCAGUGUGCAGCUCGGUGAUCCUGGAUGCCAAGGAGCCUCCAACCAAGAGCGAGGCAGCCCCGAAGCCGCCAGCCUCAGCCCCUCCGUCCAUCCUGGUGAAACCAGAUACCUCCCGCAACAGCGCCGAGAAGCAAGUGAAGACUGUGAGGUUCCAGAACCACAGCCCCCCGCCACCCAAGCGGCACAGCCUGCAGCCCUCGCUCAGCCUGCAGCCUUCGCCCAGCCUGCCGCGGGGCAGGACGGAGCCAGCGGCCGUGCUGGAGGCGCUGCUGCCAGAGCCAGGCCCCGAGCUGGCCCUGCUCUACUCCCCCCGGCUCGGCUGCAGCCCCCUGCCCCAGCGGCGGGCGCUGCACCCCAAGGUGCUGGCGCUGGAGCUGUCGGGGCCGCUGACCUUCCCCGGCAAGAAGAGCUACAGCAGCAUCUCUGCCAACUGAGGGGUCCUGCUCUGCUGGUCUCCUCAGCUCCUCUGCUCCCUGCCUUGAGGGGCCAGCACCUCGGAGCCCCACCAGCCUGCUGCCUCCACUGCUGCCCAUCCCACGGCAAGGGGCAGCUGUUCCCCACAUCCCCACAAUUCCACUCCACCAGCACCCACAGGACCUGCAAGCCUGAGGCUUGUGCAGAGCUGGGAGAGCUUCCGAGGGAGCAGGAUGGGGCAGGACAGCAUCCAGCUCUGCACAAAAGCGUCCUGGCCUGGCCCCAGCUGUGCUGAGCACGGCUAGAGGAGCCCCAGGGAGACGUGAAGCAGGUUUGUGGCAUCCACAGAACCGAUGUUCUUUGGUGCCCUGCAAAGCUGCCUGUGAGGAGCAGCAGGAGGGGGAAAUCAUGCAGGUAUCAGAGACAGCUGAGCUGGUUUUGAUCUCCUCACUGCUGCAGGAAAGCCCCUGGAGAUCAAAACUCAGGUUCAUUACCUUGCUGCUUCUGCAGGGUAAAGAAACCAUAAAUCAAAGGCAGUGAGCUCCUGGCUGGUUCCUGUUGCCUUGUUUGGUUUUGUUUUUGCAGGGGCAGGGUGGAUGGUUUCACCCAGGGCUU